GGCUGUUGAGGUCGUGACAGGAGCGACAUGGGAAAGCACUUGGCCAGAUAACAGUCGCAUACCGCUUAGUGGCAACACUAGUCGCUUUUAAUGAAUUUUUCGGAAAAUAUCCAACAAAUUUUGCAUUUGAAGGCGCGUUACAUGAGUUGGCGCUGGCGAGCGACAGACAAAUACUUAACAAGUAGUAACAUAACAGAUAAAACUUUGUUCAUAACGGCUUAUAAUAAAUAGUACAGAUUGUGUGUUUGUAUACGAGGUGCUAAAUAAUAUAAAAGAAAGUGUUACGAUAGUGGAAACAUAAUAUAUUCAUAUAGAAGUUUAUAACUAACGGUUGUGCCUUUUUAAUAAUUUAAAAUUUUAAUUUUUUAAUACAAUACAAUAAAAACGGCAAUAAUGCAUUGGUAACGAUGCUAUAGUGUAGUAUUUGCGGAAAAUUUUCCUCAGUGUUUGACAUACAUACAAGUAUACAUAGUAUAUGUAAACCUGUAUAUACGAUGUAAACCUGUAUAUACGAUGACGCGUAGGAAAAGAAAAAUCACUACAACUCUGCGUGGAUAUAUAUUUUGAGUGCGCGUUGCAUUGUGAUGUUUGAUGUACUAAUUGCGGUGUCAGUUUUACAAGUGCUAAAUGCACUUUAAACUUUAAUUGCCAGCAAAUAGAAUAACUUACAAAUAGUGCGCGCUAAAUGCGUUAAACUGUUGCAAUUGCGUAAAAAAAGAAAAAGUAGAAGAAAAUAAACAAAACAAGAAAUUAAUUAUAAAAAAUUCAAACGCUUAUCCUACGCAAUUAUACAAAAACAAAAAAUAGAAGAAUAAUUGAUUCAAUUAAAGUUGCAAACCCAUUGGAAACAUCUUAAAACGCACGCACCUACAUACAUACAUACAUGCAUACAUAUGUAUUGUUCAAGUCCAGGAUUAACCGCAUGUAACCGAUGCAUUAAUCUGGCCAUGCGCUUCGAGUGAUGAUUGCACAGCCGUAAAUUCAACAUGCUCCUCAGGGACGGCAAAUUGUGAAUGUGACAGUUUUGAAACUGUUUUCUCUACCGACUUGACAACAUGUCUGAAGACGUCACUAAUUGGUGACCAAUGCGAAGACACAGUUCAGUGCAAUCUUAUGCCAUCGGGAGCCAGUUGUAAAUCCGGGGUCUGCGACUGCGCCGAUGGAUACACUUAUGUUGGUGGACGUUGUAGAAUAUUGAAUGGCUUGAAUGGUACCUGUGAAACGGAUAAUGAUUGCCUUUUCGGUUAUGACCGCGAAUCAGUUGCCUGUCUCGACAAUGUUUGUAAAUGUGCUGACGGUUAUUAUCUUAGGAGUGGAAACAUAUGUCGUCGUAAAUCAAUGAAAAUUGGCGAUGCCUGUGUCGUGCAUACGGACUGUGAAGAUUUAGGAACAAAUGUGCGGUGCACUAGUUUGAGUUGUGUCGAGGUAUCACAAAGCGAUUCGGAAUCGUCAAAAACCGUUUUAGAUGCCCGAACCAAUACACCGACACUCACAGGCCACACAAAUACAAACGCAGGCACGACCAGCACAAACACCCAUACGAAAACUGAUGGUGGCAACGAGAAAUCACCCUCGUCAGACGGGACAUCACAACUCUCGAAGUCAUCGAGAUCAACUAGCGGUACCAGUAAAGAUACUUUAGCAUUGGUGAAUGGUCGUAGUGAUUUGACUGACGAUACCGAUAACGAGACGAGGCAAGAGGAGGCCAGUGGUAACGAACAGAAGCGGCGAUCACGUGAAAUCGCCGUACAAACAAGUAUCGAUGCUUUUGAGUUGAAACCAUUGGCACCGUUAGUUAAGAAUGUCGGUACUGGCACCACAUCCAGCACAAGCAGUCGACGUUACUCACGCUAUAGACGUCGUCCGUCUGCAUUCCGCUACGAUGAUGAGGAUAAGACUUUCUCGACGAUAUCGAAUACUGAUGAUGAUGGGGAGGAAAAGUUUUAUGGUAGCUCUUGCACAGAGAAUGGUAAAUUGUGUGCGGGACUUCCGCAUUCGAUUUGCUCAAACAACAUUUGCUUCUGUCGCUCUGGGUAUUAUCCAAGUAAUGGAAAAUGCUUUGCAGAGCUUGGCGAGAUAGCGGAGAGUGCCAACGAAUGUGAGCACACAUUCGAUUCAUUAUCCAAAAAAUGUAUUUGCCAAAGUAAUUACUUCUACGAUCGUAGUUUACGCUCUUGCCGAAAACCAAUCCAAUAUACCUUAUCGUGUACCUCGGACAGUCAAUGUAGUCCAUUCGGCGCCGCCUAUUGUCCUACGAUAAUUCCAAGACGUUGUACCUGUGAGGAAUACGCACAGUAUGAUGAAUUGCAACAGUUGUGCGUUUAUAAACAGGGACUCGGCGAAUUCUGUGAAACGAAUGAGGCCUGUAGUACGGUGGCGAACACGGUAUGCCUAAAUAGUUUCUGUGCAUGUAAGGAGAAUUUCCUCGAAAGCAAUAAUACUUGUGUACCAGGUGUCGGCGCUAAUUGCGAUGCCGACGUAGAGUGUGGAAUAGAAAACUCGGUUUGUGAUUUCACCUCACCGACAAGUGAGGAGAUAGAAAAAUCUUGCCAAUGCAAAAAAGGCUAUGUGCAUUUUAAGGAUGAGUGUCUUAAGGAGGCUGAGGAACUUGACGAUGAGUGCAUUGAAACGGAGCAAUGUAAACCAUUGUUGGGUAUCUGUAUCGAUAAGAAAUGUUCCUGCACCUCCGAACAGCAUUUUAAAUCAGGGCGUUGUGAGCAAAAGAAAGUUCUUGGUGAUAGUUGUGCCCGGUCUACUGAAUGUUUCGUUGAAAAAGACCCGGAAAACGUGGAAUGCCGUAAUUCGGUUUGUCAAUGUAAGCUUGGUUAUCAAGCGAACGAUGUACAGAAGACUUGUAUACGUGUGGUGUCCAGUACUAAAAAUUCUUCCGGAAGGCCAAGUGCUCUUAAAAUAAUAACAUUCCUAUUAAUAGGAGCAGCUUUCUUAAUAACAAGUGCCGCUAUUAAACAGGCUUAUUAUGAUUAAAUUUCAAAUACGGUAAUAAUAUGCUAAUUUAAUUAGGAGCGUAAAUUAUUUCUUUAAAAUUAUUCGGCCACAAAAUGAAGAAACAAACAAAAACGUAACACGUAAUUAAACAUGUAAAUUAAUAAACAAACAUAUUUUAAUGGCAUGCAUAGAUAUUUAAUAUAAAUAAUUAAAAUUUUUGUAAUUUUCGCUACAAGCAAAACUUCAAACACCGGCCUGAAAAUACUACUAUUUAACAUUCCUAAAUUUGAUUUAUCAAAACAACAAACUACACUUACAAAAAGAAAUUGAAAAAAAUUAUGUAUAAAGUAUUACGAACUAACACACGAAGUAUAAGUACACAAAAACUAAAGAAACCAUUAAUUAACGAAAGCAAAUUUCCAAAAGCAAUACUUAAUGAUUACAUAAUUUUUGCAAUUACUCGUAUUUAACUUAUUAAUGAUUAAGAAGAUUUUAAGUCAAUCAUGUAAAUUACAAAAGGAAAUUAUUUUUUAAAUCUAAGAUUCUUAAGAUUCUGCGUAAGUUAUUCAUAUGCACAUACAUACAUACAUAAAUAUAACAUUUGUCAUAUCUGGGUGCAUAUUAGUUAUAGUAAUACAACUGACAAAUUUGUUUUAGCCUAAGGUUAUAGUUAAUAAAAUUUUUGAACUUAUUGCCAAAAACUACAAA